AUGAUGAUGUCUACCCCCGAAGAUACAUGGGUCAAUGUUACCUGGAUGCCGCAUGCGUCGCUGGCGCAAACGUCCCAUGUUAGCUUGCUGGUACGGUCAUCUCAUGCUUCACUGAACAACCGAUUGUUUGACAGACAAAAACCAAAAGAGUGGAAAAUCCGAACAACGGUCCAUGGUGCUGGCGGCAUUCCGUUGGUAGCCAUCUCAUCUACCACUCCCAGUGCGCAUGUGUUUUUGCGACAAUCAGAAACAGCAGCAGGUGUACCCAAGCCACCCUCUGUGGCAGAAGCAAGUCAUGAUUGUAUCUGGAAUCAUGUCGUCCAAGUACCCGUGCGAUGGCGAGAUUUGCCGCGAGAUGCCUACCUAUUGUUCGAAAUGAUUGAUCACACGGGACAACGUCUCAGCCAGGCCAAAAUGCAGUUCUUUUCCCAACAUGGCAGAUUGUCCACCGGCUUGAUUCUGCUGGAUAUGGUGGAAGAUCCGUCCCAUCAAAGCAACAACAGCACUACUACUAAUAUCCCAACCGAGUCGUCAGAUCACGAAGAAGAUGCUGUUUGGAAGGCAUCCAUGAUGCUAGAUAAAUUGGAAAGUUUAGAAUCCUCACGGUCAGGAUCAUUGGCAGCCACAGCAGCCGAUAAUCGCAAAGUUUUUGGCCGUGUGCAAAGCACUUCCUGGUUGGAUGCCAUCAGCAAAGAAUACUGCCACACUGUGAUUACCUCGGCUUCCAAAACAACAAACAGUGCCUGUGACAACAACUCGGCAGCGAAAUGGAAAUUGAUUGUGGAGUUUCCAGUCUUUGAUGUACCCGUCAUGCACGAGGAGAGCUUCUAUCCAGUACCGCAACAAUCCGCAUCCGGUGCCGUGUCAGCGCUGGACUUGUCUCUCUAUCGAAAAAGUGUUGCAGCUGCACCUGACAAUAACGAAACAAAAACACAGUUUCAUCCGUUGCAACUUGUCAACUAUGUGGAUUAUGAAAAUGAAAUGGACAAUCCUGUCGAAGACAAGUAUCGCACUCUGGCACAUGAUUUGCUGCGGGGAUUGGUGGAUCCAGCA